AUGUAAAUUAAUCAAAGGUAACUUUAUAUUCCUAUUGGAACAUUCGAUUAAACCCUUUUUUGCAAAAUUUGUAACGAUCUUACUAUCGAUCCUGUUGAAUGUACUUAGUGCGAAAACCUUUAUUGCAAAGAAUGCUAUGAACUAUCUAAAUCAUAAAAUGAUAAAUGCCCAGAAGAAAAUUGCAAUGGCCCCUUUCAAACCAAAUAGCCUCAUCGCAUGAUAAGAGAUUAACUAUCAAAAAUAACUUAUAAAUGUAUAAAUCAUAAUGAAGGAUGCAAAACUGAGAUGGCAUAAGAUAAUGUAAUUAAACAUAUGUCAUAAUGUCUUUAUCAAUAAAUUACAUGCAAAUGCGGAUAAAAAUUUUAGAGAAGAAACUUAGAAUCACAUAAAAAUUUGUGCUAAUUUCAUAAAACAUAAAAUUGUUUUAUUUGUUAAUAAUAAUUGACACUGGAGGAUCUAAAGAGUCAUAAAUGUCUAUUUGAACUCUAAAAAAUGGUCAUAUAAUUUUAGGAGAAAUUUUAAGAUUAUAAAGAAUAGUCAAAUUUUUCUAUUUUAGAAAUGAAAAAUUAAUAGAAUUAAAGAACUACUGAAAUAAAUUUAUCAAAAUAAUAAAUUUUAGCUCUAUUAGAAGAAAAUAAAUAAUUAAAAAAUGAAUUAUAAAUGAAGUAAAAGAUGUGUUAAGAAAACCAGGAAAAAAUAAAUUAAGCAAAGGUUUAAAUAGAAAAUUAAUAAAAAUAAUAACAAUAAUAUUAAUAACAAUAAUAGUAAUAAUAUUAACAAUAACAACAACAAUAAUAGUAACAGUAAUAACAACAACAACAACAAUAACAACAGUAAUAGCAAUAACAAUAAUAACAACAACAACAAUAAUAAUAAUAAUAACAAUAAUAACAGUAAUAAAAUUAACCUAUUACUAAAGGAGAGUUAGUUGAUAGCAUUUAAACCUUUUGUGAAAAAAAUCAUAAAUUAAAAUUUUGGAAAAAGCCUUGUGGGGAGGAAAAAAAAAAAAUAUGUUCUAAUUGUCUAAAGUAAAACACGACUUGUAGAUAUUUUUGUUAAUAAUGUAAAAUUUUCAUGUGCUUCAAAUGUUAUUAUCCUGAAUUGAAAAUGGAAAAAUAACCAACAUAACCUUAGUGUCCCGCCUUACAUUAUUUGCUUCAAAUAACAGAUAAUUUUAGGUGUUCUGUCUGUGAUAAAAAAGGAGAGGACAUGAUAUAACCAAUUGCCUUUUAAUGUACCUAUUGUGACUUUAGAAUAUGUAAAUAGUGCAUCAAAAAUAAAAAAUUUUAGGAAAUUUAAUGA